AUGGCGAUGACUCAACGCGUCGCACGCGCCUCCUCGACGAGAUCCGCCGCGCCGAUCCUCUUAUCAGCCGCCGUCGUAUGCGGCCUCCUACUUCUCGCGGUCGCGCCGCUCGCGAACGCGUCGCGUCUAACUCCCAACGGCACGGUCGCCGCGACGGGGCGAUCAUCAGGAUGGCGGCGCAGCUUGUUUUUCUUGCCAUUCGGCCGGCUCAUGUGCGGCAAGUCCAAGCUGAAGGGUUAUACCUCGAUGGUGAAGCUCCAGUACGGGCUCUCUCUGCACUGGAAGGCCACCAAGGGCAAACACAUCCACUUCGCCAUCCAAGCGCGCCCGGGAUCCGCGGCGCACAAGGCGGGCUGGUUCGCCGUCGGCUGGUCGCCCAACGGCGACAUGGGCGGCAGCAACGUCGUCGCGUACGAGACGGGCACAGGCACCGCGUCGCCGUACGAUCUCCAGGGGGAAUCCGCCGCCGUCGCCGCCACGUCGUGGGCGCCGGGCUCGCUGGAUGUCACCACCGGCAAGAAGGGCGGAACUAUCGUCAAGUUCACUCGCUCGGCCAGUGACGGAUCAUCCGUGAAGGUGCGGAACAGCGGGGGUGCCCACGUCGUGUUCGCGUACGGCCCCGACUCAAAUGUCGCCAUGCACGCUGAUGCGGAGCACACGGUGCUUGACUUCUCAUGUGGCUGCGGGUUUCUCAGGAACGGCUGCUGA